AUGGCGUCACCUUAUGAGGUUGAAGUGAAGCUUUUAUCUGCCAAAAACCUUAAGAAUGUGAAUUGGCGGUACGGUCCUAACCUCCCAUACGCUGUUGUUUGGGUCGAUCCAGCACAAAAACGUUCCACCAACGUUGACAAAUCUGGUGACACUCAACCCAACUGGAAUGAAAAACUCAUCACCACUAUGCCACCAUCGACAACCAUCAAAAAUUGUUUCGUCUUCAUCGAUGUUCUCCACUUAGAGUCGAAUAACAAGCCGCCACUCAUUAUCGGCUCAUCUCAACUUCCACUUGAUGGAAUCAAAAUUGAUGACUUAUCAGGCGUCAGCCGUACUUUGAAGCUGAAGCGUCCUUCUGGACGCCCACAAGGCACGGUUGACAUUAAAGUCAUCAUAAAAAAUUUAGCCUAUCAUGCACCUUAUGGUGUUCCUCAUCCUUAUGGGAGUCCAUAUGGUGCUCCACCUGCACCUGGUGCAAGUUUGUCAGUAACGUAUGGGAAUCCAUACAAUGUUGCUCCACCUCUGCCUGCAGGCUACGGCUACCCUGUAGCCGCACCCACGUAUGUUGCUGCCUCACGUCCUCCUGUAGGUUACCCCGCAUCUGCCCCAUAUGCCUAUGGUCAAAGCAUUCAACAAGGCACGUCGCAAGGUGAAUCAGAGAAAGGUAGCCAAUUUGGGUUGGGAACAGGUUUGGCCGUGGGUGCUGGAGCAGGUUUGGCUGUGGGAGUUGUUGUGGGUGGAAUUGGUGCACUUGCAUUAGGGAAGGAUGAGGAAGCUGAGAAAGUGGAGAAGGAUUCGUACUAUGAGCAUGAAGUGUACCAUCAUGAAGUUGAGAGUGAUGCCUACUAUGAGCAUGUUGAGGAGGCAUCUCAUGUCGAGGAGGCAUCCAAUGUUGAGGAGGCGAAUGCAUACUAUGAAGAGUAUGCAACUGAGGUUGAGGAGGCAAAUGCAUACUAUGAAGAGUACGCACCUGAGGUUGAGGAGGAAUCCUAUGUUGAGGAGGCAAAUGCAUAUUAUGAAGAGUACUAA